ACAACACCGGUUGUCGGCAGUUGGAAUGACGGUAGUGGAAGGUUAAUCAGCUGAUUCUGAACGCUCAAAUGAAUCCUGAAUAAAACAGUUUCAUCUGUCAGGAGAUGUUUGACUCGGCCUGAGAGCUUUUACAUUUAGUUUGGAAUGUGUUGACAUGCUGAAUUCAGCUCGACGACAUGGACAAGAUUCUGGAGGGCCUGAUCAGCUCAGAUCACUCUGUCCCGGUGAAGAGGGCCAUAGUGAAGAAGGUGGUUGAAGCAGCAGAGAACGACGUGACGCAGGAGCAGUGUCGAGCCCUGUUCACACUCACCACCCGCCUCAUCUUACUCGGUGACGAUGCUUUCCAGAAGCAGAUCGGCCUGCAGGUUCUGGGGGCCUACGCUCGCUACCACCGGCCCGAGUUUGAGCUCUUCUUCUGCAAAGACUUUGUGCUCGGUUUACUCCAGCAGGGCUACGGGCAGCUGGAACACAGAGACGCUGCCAUAAUCGAUUACAUCCACUGCUGCCUGCGGCUGCUCAUCAGCUGCCCCUCCGUCCUGGAGACCUUCAGUGCCAUCCAAGUGGAGGUUUUGAGGAUGGUGUGCGAACGGCCUGAGCCAGCUCUCUGCGCCCGACUAAGCACUUUGCUGUCAGACUUUAUGCAGUGCAUCCCGAGGGAAAAGUCAGGCGUCUUGUUCUGCCAGCAGCUAGUGAGGACCAUCAGCUGCUUUCAGUGCUGUGCCAACGAAGAGCGGGAACUGAGAGAGUAUGUAGGCCAGGUGACGAAGGUCAGCACUCUUCUACAGAACAUCUGGAAGGCAGAGCCAGCCACACUGUUGCCCUCACUGCAAGAAGUCUUUGCUAUUAUCUCCUCCACAGACCCAUCCUUUGACCCAUCUAUUGCCCUGGCUAGUCUGGUCCAGCACAUCCCUGUCCAGAUGAUCACUGUGCUCAUCAAAAGUCUCACCACAGACCAGAACGUCAGAGAUGCAAGCAUGACCAAAGCUCUCAGCCGAAUGAUUGACUGGUUGUCCUGGCCGCUGGCCCAACAUGUGGAUACCUGGGUCAUCGCUCUGCUGAAAGGACUGGCUGCUGUUCAGAAGUUUACCAUCCUUAUAGAUGUCACUCUGCUGAAAAUUGAAAUGGUAUUCAACCGUCUGUGGUACCCUAUUGUGCGGCAGGGGGCGCUAUCCGUGCUUUCCCACAUGCUGUUGAGCUUCCAGCACUCUCCUGAGGCCUUCCAUUUGGUUGUUCCACUCGUGCACCGUCUAGUUCAGGCUCUAAACACAGAUGGUCUCCCCACCAGUCAAACUUUCCUGCUCCAAUUCACUGAGCUUAUACACUGCAUGAUGUACCAGUACUCUGGCUUUCCUGACCUCUACGACCACAUAUUAGAAGUCAUAAAGGAUUUCCCAAAACCUUCAGAAGAGAAGAUCAAGUUGGUGUUGAAUCAAAGUGCCUGGACAUCCCAGUCCAAUUCGUUUGCUUCUGGUUUAUUGAGGCCGGCUGGGAAGUCUGAGACAGGAAGGACAGGUCUGAUCAACCUGGGGAACACCUGCUACAUGAACAGCAUCAUCCAGACCCUUUUUAUGGCAACAGAUUUCAGGAGGCACGUUUUGUCUUUACAUCUAAAUGGCUCCAACACAGUAAUGAAGAGGCUGCAGCUCCUUUUUGCCUUCCUGGCACACACACAGAGGGCAGCAUAUGCUCCCAGAAACUUCUUGGAAGUGUCUCGUCCUCCCUGGUUCAACGUGGGCUCACAGCAGGACUGUUCAGAGUAUCUCAGAUUCCUUCUAGAAAGGUUGCACGAAGAGGAGAAAACGCUUCACGUUYUGCAAUCAGCCAAGCCAACAGUAGCCUCCCUGGUUGAUCCGAUCAGCAGAGACCCAACAACUUCUGAAGACCGCAAGGACUCCCAUUUGGUUGAAGCGGAGAACCGAUGUGCAAACGAUGGAAGGACUUUGAUAGAGCAGAUGUUUGGUGGAAAGCUGAUUACAGGCAUUCGGUGCAUGCAGUGUAACAGCAUCUCYGAGAAAGAAGAGCCUUUUACAGACUUGUCUUUGGCCUUUUGUCCGUCUUCUUCCUCUCAGGGCAGUCCCAAAGCAGAGAGACCUACAGAGGAAGGCAAGGUGCUCUGUCAGGGAUCUGUCAAUGGUGGCAGCGAAGCUCCUGAAAYAAGCAAUGUAGCUACUAACGUUCAGUAUGAGCCAGUGACGAACGAACCUCCUCUGUCUGUGCCUGACCUGGUGAACUAUUUUCUGGCUCCUGAGAUCCUGGAYGAAGACAAUGCGUAYUUUUGCGAGAAGUGUGUUUCCCUCCAACGAGCUGAGAGGACCAUGAAGGUGGUUUCCGCGCCAGAGUACCUCAUCCUCACGUUGCUCCGAUUCUCUUACGAUGCCAAAAGCCAUAUCCGCAAGAAGAUCCUAGAUAACGUCAUCAUCCCGCCAGCCCUGAGACUUCCUGUCCAUGCCUCUGCGACGCCAGUGCAGUGGUCCUCUGCCUCCUCGUCUCCUUUGCAAGUUGAUUCUCCGGAAAGCAGCGAGAACCUGGCUAAGAAACUCAAACCAUCACAAGGAGAAGAGGAGGAAGAGAGGAAGAUGAGGUUAGAUGAAGCUGAGAAGAUGACCAGAGGAAGAGAGACUUCAGUCCAAUCAGUGCCCUAUAUGCUCAGCUCUGUCGUGGUGCAUUCUGGGGUUUCCUCGGAGAGCGGCCACUACUACUCYUACGGACGAAACAUCAACGGAGCGGAUGGGACACAGCACCCAGCGGGUCUGUCUCCUGUCAAACAGGAUUCAGCGAGCGACCAGGACGCUUGUAGCCUCUGCACAUCAGAACAAGGCGACUCAAUACCCAACACGAGCCUGGAGACGAAGGACUGGCUCCUGUUCAAUGACAGCAGAGUGACGUACACUUCYCUACAGUCAGUACAAAACAUCACCAAUCGCUUCCCCAAAGACACAGCCUAUGUGCUCAUGUACAGGAAGCAGGAGCUGCCAGGGUUGAAUGGAAACGAGGGACAAAUGGCAAAUGGAAUGAGACUGAGUGCCGAGCCUCCCCUGCAGAAAGAGCUGCUGGAUGCUAUCAUCAAAGACAACAAGCUGUAUUUACAGGAGCAGGAGCUCAGUGCUCGGACCCAGGCUCUUCAGGCGUCUUCGUCUUCCUGCUCAUUCAGGCCAAACGGUUCAGAUGACAACAACCCACCAGGGAGCUGCGGCCCAUCUGGAGGAGGAGGAGGAGGAGGAGGGGGAGGCUUCAACACCAUUAGCAGACUGGUCUUCUAAAAUGAAAUAAAAUGCAGAGGGAGACCCACAUGAACUGGGGUUGACUGAUCAUAUGAGAGGCUCAACAGUCAUCUGUACAGAAAAGAAGAGCUCUGCUAUAAUUUAAAUGUUUUCACACACUGAAUAUCAGGAAACUGGCUCUGAUUUUUGGUUUUCUUGCAUCCAAAGAGAUGGGUAAAAAUGUUUUCUUUUUUCAUUUUUUUUCAUCUAAUGAUUUAUAUUUCUUACUUUUAAACCCUGGAGAAUACAUUUUUAAAUACAGUUAAAACCAGCUCUUUACAUACAGUAUAAAAAGACAACUUUAUUUUCAUUAAAUUAUAUAAAUUCUUUACUAGGUCAGUCAGGAUUACUAAUUUUUUCUAAUUGCUAAAUUGCAGAAUAAUGAGUAACAUAUUUUUUUUUACUUUCUUCAAAGAAAGUAAAAAAUUACCUGUAAUUGGUAAAAGUGAUUUUUUUUAACCAUAUGAUUAGUGCCAACAUUCUUGAUUUCCUUCCACAAACGUCUCACCAAAGUUUGCUGGAAUUUUUGCCCAUUUCUCCUGUCAGAAAUUGUCUGAAUCGGUUUGGUAAAUUUUGUUCUCGCACCCUCAUUUCCAAUUCUAUCUACAUAUUUUCUUUGUAACUUAGAGAUACAAUCUCCAGUUCAUUGAUUCAUUGUCCUUUAGUCACUUUGAAACUAAUUAAGCAUUUGGAAGACCUGUUUGCAUCCAGAUUUUUAACUUUGUGUCUAUUUUGUAAAUUGCACCUGUCCCACCAGACAUGAUGCUGCCACUGCUACGCUCCUUUUUCUGACAUUUUUUCCCCUUCAAAUCUAGUAAUGUUUAUUAUGGCUAACACUUUCAUCUUAAUUUGAUCAAAAAAGCAUUUUUUUCUGAUUUAAAGUCCUUUCCCUUGAGUGCAUGUAUAGGCUUUGAUCUGAAUGUCUGUACAGGACUCAUUUCACUAAUUUUAAAUUAAAUGUUGAACUUUCACAAACUGUUUAAAGGCAAAACAGUUGUAGUAGCUGUAAAUGUAUUACUUUAAAUAAAGUAGUAAAAGUGUUUAAAAAAUAUUCCUUAAUUUUGAUCAUUCUAGUGGAAAUAAUAUAAACAUAUCAAAAAUAAAACGGGAACGGUUUAGUCAGAUUUGAUGUUGGUGAGAAAAGAAGUUGUCUUUUUAUACUGUCCAUGUAAAUAUCUUGUUUGAAUUAUACAUAUGUCCUCCAUGAAUAAUAGAAAAUAUAGCCAAAGUACCUGUAUAGUUCAAAUUUAAAAGGCUUCCUUGUUUUUAAAUGCACAUUUUUACUUUGAAAUAUGUAAACAUUUUGAAAUGUCUGAUUUGGGGAUCAGUGUUCCUAAUAUUUCCUCACACAAACAUGAUAGUUCAUGUUUGUGCAUUAAAACUACAGCUAAAAUAACUGAUCUGUAACAAAGUGUUUUUAUUAUCCUGUACUUCUAAACACAGCUUUGGGACUUUGCUUACUUCUAUGAUGCAUCACAAGCUGUAAACCUUUUCUCAGAAUGGAAAGUUUUUCAGGAAAUUUGAAUUUCUUCAGCGUGUGCCGGUUGUUGUUUUAAAGGUUUCAUGCAAUAAAAAUGUAUAUAUACGAAUGAA